UUCUUUUAAUAGGAGGCAGGUCGAGAGAGCAGUUUUCGGAGGCGGCGAGGAUGGGCUGGGCAGAGUAGCAAAGAAGAGAAUAAAGUAGAAAGGGGGAAAAAUAACCCCCCUCUUGAGAUCCUUAGGAAAGAAAAAGUAGAGCAGAAACCCGGAGUUAAGCAGCUGUGAUCUUGACCCAUCAGCUUCCGGAUCUGGCGAAUAUAUAAACAACAACCCAAACUUCUGGCGAUGUUUUGCGAUGCAGGAGAAAGCUCGGCUGCUAAAGAAGGAUGAGGAGCGAAACUGAGCAGCCUCGUUCCGCCAAGUAAGGAAACGGACCAGAUUGCUGUAGAUAAAGCGGACUAGGCUGGUCUCGGGUAGGGGACACCACUGGGUGUUCCCUUUCCCAGCCACGAUGAGCCUUUGAGGGUUUCAAGCCAACCCUCGGGACUUUUCCCCCCUUCCCUACUUACUUACCUACCUACCUUCCUCCUCCUCCUCAGCCCUCCUCCUCUUUUUUCCUCUGCUGCCAACUCCCUCCCGCUCUCCCCCACCCCACCCCGUCAGCCUUUCUUCAAUGGGCGCUUUGGAUUCCCUCGCCGGAGGAAGCGCCAACCCGACCGCCGCUGCCCUCACCAUGCUGAACGGGGCAGAGAGCCAAAGUUUCGCCAAGGAGCCGCCAGACCUCCAGGGAGCGGCGACCAAAGACCCCGCCGAGCUGAAGAUCGGUGUCCCGCAGGAGCGCUUCUACUACCCGGAGCCCCACAUGCAAGAAGGCGGCUGCAACUUAGGGCUGACCUACGGCGCACAGAUGGUGCAGGGAGGAGGAGGCGGCUUUGGGGUGAGCAGCCCGGCCCCAUCGGGCAGGUUUCUAGGGCCGGCCGUGAACAACUGCUCCUCUUACAGACCUCCGCCUCCUCCUCCCCCGGUUCCUGCUCCUCCUUCGGCUGCCCCUGCGGGGAAUCCCGGCUUCUCGGUGUCCGCGGCCGAGAUCUACCCAAGCGCCGGGGACCUGUAUCCCAGCGCGCCCGGGGGAGAAGGCUGCUACUCGGCCGCCGUCCAGCACAUGUUCCCGCGCGGGCCUCUCUACCAAGUUCCGGGCUACCAAGUCUCCGGGAAGAUCCAGGUCGUGCUCAACAACUAUCCUCUCUGGGCCAAGUUCCACAAGCACCAGACGGAAAUGAUCAUCACGAAACAGGGCAGGAGGAUGUUCCCAUUUCUGAGCUUCAACAUCUCUGGACUGGACCCUGUCGCCCAUUACAGCAUCUUUGUGGACAUUGUGUUAGUGGAUCAACAUCAUUGGCGAUACCAAGGCGGGAAAUGGGUGCAGUGCGGCAAAGCAGAAGGAAAUAUGCCAGGGAAUCGCACGUACAUGCACCCAGAUUCUCCCAACACCGGAGCCCACUGGAUGCGGCAGGAGAUCUCCUUCGGGAAGCUGAAGCUCACCAAUAACAAAGGAGCGUCCAACAAUGUCACACAGAUGAUCGUGCUACAGUCCUUGCACAAGUACCAGCCCCGUCUACAUGUCACUGAGGCCAAGGACGGCGAGGUGGACAAAGUACACCCUUCCAUCUGUAGCCAGACCUUCACCUUCCCCGAGACUCAGUUCAUUGCUGUUACAGCGUACCAGAAUGCUGACAUCACCCAGCUGAAGAUAGACCACAAUCCUUUUGCUAAAGGCUUCCGGGACAACUUUGAUUCGAUGUACACCACGGCCGAAGGAGACCGCACAACUCCAUCCCCGCCCAGUGCCGCCAGCUGCCAGCAGCUCCUCACCAGCAGCCGCUUCCAGCCCUUCUUGCACGAUCAGUACACGCUCCCUCAGAGCCGCUUCUACAACAGGGAGCGGGCCCCUCUGCCUCUGCCGCCCAAGGAGACCCACCACUGGUAUUUCGCUUCCCAGCAGCCCCCCUCCGGCCCUCUGGAAUACGGCACCUACGAGGGCGACUUCAGAGGGAACAAAUUCAUGCCGUACGGGAUGAAGCCCUUUGCCCUGCAGGCGGCGCCGCACCCCUCCUUGCCCUAUUACCAGGAGCAUCCCUUUGGGCCCCCUGCCACCUGGAGCUCCCCACCUCAGUAUCACCACCCCAAGCCCACCCCGGGGACCUUGAGCUGGUUCCGGCCCAUGAGGGACUUGCAGGCGGUGCCCCCUGCCGACGAGAAAGGGAAGGACAGUGAAGGCUGGGCCGAGCCCGGCUCUGUGAAGUCGGCCGAUUCCUCGGACUCCGGGCUGUACGAAGCCGAGUGCAAGCGCCGUCGUGUGUCUCCCUACGUCUCCAGCGCCGAGAGCUCCCCGCCCAUCCGCAACGGGGAGCUCUAUGACAAAGAAGGAGGGGAUGGGGGCUAUUAUGGCUUCUAUGGCAACUGAAGUGGGAAGGCGGGAUAGAAACCUGUGAGGGAAACACGGGGUGGGGGUGGGGGCCUUCUCACCAUCCAGCUCUCCUCCGUUCAUAUCAGGGGUAACCUGUAAAAAGGAAAAUGGACAGCCCCCCUUCUUGGUUUGGGGAAAAGUUUUGCACCUUUAUGGGCACUUCCGGAAAUAAUGACGAUGGCAUAAAUGAAGCUGUAUGUAGUUGUAUCUCCCUGCCCUCCGCCCCUGUUCAGCCACUUCCAGGUGCUAGUCUGCUGGUGUUAAAACAUGCCCUCCCCUUUGCGGACAGAUGCCUGCAUGGUGGCGGCGAGUUCAGAUCUUGGGCUUGUGUUCAGACCCGAAGAGCUUUCACUCAUUUGUGCAGUAGCGCAGCCUGGGCUUGCCAGGGCAGCUUCCUGUCUCCGCUCCCACCCACGUUUAGUUCUGAGGCUGUGUCACUGGGGAGAACAGAAGCAAAAUUUCUUAAGAGAUUCAAAGCCCAGGGAGAAAUUCGGAAAUAAAAAUCCAACUUUGGGUGGGAUGGGUUUUGAAAGCCACAUGGUGCUUGUCGGGUUAAACUCAACUCUGAUCCAGCCAAGGAAAUCUGCGUAGAGAAGCAGGCUUCGUUGUACUCCUCACUUGCUGAAUUGGGAAACACAGGGGGAAAACUAGAUGUGUGUCUGUAUGAGAUCGUCCCGCUGUGGUGCAUUGAUUAGAAUGGGGUAGGCGUUCCAGUGUAUAUUUUGAGGGCAUAUCCCCUCCCGUGCUCCUGCACACCUAUUCAUACAUUGACAUCACAUGAAACAAGAUCCAGAUUGAGAUGAUUACAUUCAUACUCUAGUUUCCCCAGCAUGCCUAUUUGGGAUUCCUGGGUGGGGAGCAGCUAGAAAUCAGGAAAAUUUGCUUGAGAAAAAUUCUGCCCUUGAAAUUCAUUGCAGUUCUGAGACUUUGUUUGCAAAAUCAGUAUCUUUUGGCCCACUUCAGAGAGGGACUGGGAACCUCGAGCAUGAAUCAGAUGCAAUUCAACACAGGCCAGAAUGCACAUUUGAGUUCUAAUCAUGUCUGUCCACACCACAUUGCAUUCAAUGCAAUGAGUUUGUGAAUGUGCAUUUAAAAGGCAUUCCCA